GCAGACUUACCGCUCAGGGAAAUAGCAGACUCAGAUUCUGCAGCAUUCUGGAGGGUUUCCUGUUAACCGCGAUCAUUAGAUGAAAAAGGAGAGGAGGGCGUUUUUUUCAAGGAGGCAUGGGGCAAGCGGCUCCGAGCGCCAACGUGUCACAUCGGCAGAAUGGAGCUUGUGAAACAUUCAGGCGGCUGCCACUGUGGUGCUGUCAGAUUUGAAGUCUGGAGCUCUCCUGACCUUCAUGUUUUUCAUUGCAAUUGUAGCAUCUGCACCAAAAAACAAAACCACCAUUUCAUUGUCCCAAAAAAUCACUUUACACUCCUGCAGGGGUUGGAAAACUUGACUACCUACACCUUUAACACACAUGUGGCUAAACACACCUUCUGUAGGACUUGUGGAGUUCAGAGUUUCUACACACCGCGGUCUAACCCUGAUGGAUAUGGUGUUGCUCCACACUGCCUGGAUCCAGGGACGGUUCACAGUGUCACAGUGGAAAAGUUUUGUGGGGAGCAAUGGGAAGCAAGCAUGCAAGCUCACAAGUUCAUCAAAGACAUGUCUAAACCUGGACAGGACGUGCAACACAAAUAACAUCACUGUGAUUCAAGACUCGCACUUUGGUUUAAUCAGCGUUUCAUUAGAGUUUAUGCACAGCAACAGUCUAAUACAGAUGUUUUUUAACAGUAAUAUUAAAAAAAAAAUACAAUAAACUCCUCUUAUGUUACAAAAGGAGAGGACAGUGUUCAAUGCAACUUUAAAAAAUAGUGUUAUCUAUAUGCAAAGUGUCUAUAAAACAUUCUGUUGUAUCAGUGCUUUAAGAAAGAACGAAAGUUCAACAAACAUCAGGUCAGAAUGAGAUGGAAGGUUCAAUAAAUCUUCAAGUUCUUUGG